UGCUAGUGAUUACAAAAUUUCUGGUGGAUCUGUAUUGCAUUUGGUUCUUGCUCUGAGAGGUGGUGUUUCUUUGUAGUUGAGGUCACUUCGGUUUUGGAAAUACAAAAAUCAACGUAAAAUAAAACUGAACCAUAAUAAUGACUGUAUAUUCGCUGCAUAUAUUUAAUAAAACUGGAGGUUGCUUAUAUGAAAAAGAAUGGAAACGAAGUAAAAAGUCAUCAUUGCCCAAAGAGCAAGAGCUGAAAUUAAUGUUUGGGAUGAUUCAUUCUAUAAAUUCAUUCGUCUCAAAGAUGUCACCAACAGAUUUCAAAGAUGGGUUUCUGAGUUAUACAACUAGUGCUUAUAAACUUCAUUACUAUGAAACACCGACUGGAUUGAAAUUUGUCUUUGCUACUGAUGUAUCUGUUGGAAAUACAAGAGAGAUAUUGAGAAAACUAUACAGCAAGGUCUAUGUGGAGUAUGUUGUCAGAAAUCCAUUGAUUGGCUUGGAUGUUCCAAUUGAAAGUUCACUAUUUGACUGCAAAUUGGAGGAAUACUUGACUGAAUAUGAAUUCUUUGCAGAUCAAAAUGUAAAGCAAGUUCCAUGAGGGGUUUAAAGCAUUGAACUAUUUCUCCACAUAAAACUUCAAAUCAUAUAGCAUUCAUGCAUUUUAGAUGAUUUGUGACUAUUUAACAUGGGAAUAAAAGAAAUAACGUAUAUAUCAAUUUUUCCGCAAUGAUUUCCAAUGCAGUUUAAUGCUUCUUUCAGCAAAGUGUCAUUAGGACUUUAGUUGAUAUUGUAAAUGACUAAUUGUCAAUGUUAUCAUAAUUCUUAAUAAUAUGGAUUGGACUAUGAAGUUAUGUUUAAUCCUGCUUUAUAGUUUGUUACACCAACAAAAAAGUAUCUCAUUAUAUUAUCAUAUGGGAAGAAACAAUGGGUAUUGAACUUGAAUUUUCAUCAACCAACCAAAUGGAGUAAAUUGUGAAUGUUAGUGCUGAGUGAGUUAUCGAGUUGGUACUUUUUGUGUAUGUAUAUCUUAUUGACAUGAUGAUUAUAUCGAAGCUAUCUUGACUUUUUGAUUGACUUUUUAUUAAGACUAUAUGAUAACAUGCAUGUCCAUUGAUAGUUGGAAA